AUGUCCAGCGACGAUCAGCAAUCUUUGUUGCUCCAAUUGAAGAACAGCCUCAAAUUUGACUCUGCAAAAUCUAACAAACUUAAGCAGUGGAAAAAUGGUUCAGAUUACUGUUCUUGGGAAGGUGUGUCUUGCAAAGAUGGAUGUGUUUCUCAUCUCGACUUAAGCAGCGAGUCAAUUUCAGGAGGACUUGAUAAUUCAAGUGCUCUUUUUGAUCUGCAGCACAUCGAGAACCUGAAUUUGGCUUACAAUAACUUCAACAAUACUCAGAUUCCAUCCAAGUUCGACAGCCUGGACCGGUUUGAGUUAUCUGAACCUGUCAAAUGCUGGCUUUGUGGGGCAGAUUCCAAUGAGAUUUCACUCCUAAAAGCACAGGGAACUGAGUGGUGCGAAGCGAUAUCGUCUUCACUGCCAAAGUUGAGGAGUUCUUCUCAAUUUCCCAAAUUUGAAUUCCUUGCACCUCAGUAUUUCUGGGUUAGACGGUACAUUCCCAAAGAAGAUCUUCCAGGUCAGAUUAAUUCCUCUCACUGGGAAAACCAUACUAAUCUAGUGAAUCUCGACUUGAGAUUCAAUCUACUUGAUGGGGACUAUUCCACCGUCUCUGUUUUCUCUUCCCGGGCUGCAGAAACUACAGCUUUCUAA